AUGACAGUUAAGUUCUUAUUAAUUUGGAUGUUGUAUGUCGUCUUGGACCAUACUGAUGCGUACGAUUUUCGAUAUCAUAAUUAUUCACAAAUAACUAAUUUUCUUCACAACAUCGCGGCUAUUUAUCCAGCGAAAGCAGCCGUGUUUGAUAUAGGAAAAACAGAAGGAGGACGAUCAUUGUGGGCCAUAGCAAUCAGUGCUUAUGCUCCUAAUCAACACGUGUUAUUACGUCCAGAAGUGAAGUAUAUCGGCAAUAUGCAUGGGAAUGAGGUAGUUGGUUUAGAGUUGUUGUUAUCGUUAAUUGAAUAUUUGUUGACAUCAAAUGAUAAUCAAGUCGUUGAACUGAUUAAUCGUUCACGAAUAUGGAUCAUGCCGACAAUGAAUCCAGAUGGUUUAGAAUUAUCACGGUAUGGUGAUUGUUCAACAACAAAUGGAAGAUAUACGCUGAAUAAUAUUGAUUUGAAUCGAAAUUUUCCGGAUUAUUUUGGUACUCAACUUGCAACACCUAUUCGAGCUUUAGAAACGGAUGCAAUUAUGUCUUGGAUCGGCGCAGUUCCAUUCGUUCUGUCAGCUAACUUUCAUGGCGGUGCAUUCGUGAUCAAUAUACCUUACGAUCGCUACUACAUCGGAAAACAAUCAAUCAGUUCGGACGACGAUAUAUAUCAAGUCUUAGCAAAGUCUUACAUGACACGAAUUGGUGAAAUGAGUCGAUUUUGUGACAUAAAAAAUGAUGAAGUUGGUACAGCUGUCCAUGGUGCUGAUUGGUAUGAAAUUAUCGGUAGUAUGCAAGAUUACGGUUAUUUGAAUUAUGGUACAAUCGAAAUGACUAUGGAAAUCUCGUGUUGUAAAUAUCCGACUGAAGAUCUGUUGAUGCCUUAUUGGAAUGUGAAUCGCGAUGCAAUGAUUGAACUUCUGUUUCAGGCACAACGAGGAGUGAAAGGCUUGAUACUUAACGAAUAUUCUCAACCCAUUCCAUUUACGCAAAUUAUGAUUGAUGAUCGGCGACCCGUUAUUAAUGUUACACCAUUAGGAGAAUUCUGGAGAAUCUUAUUACCUGGAAUAUAUACACUCAAAGUCUUUUUUCGUGGAUAUGAAGUUCAUCGUCAACCGAUCGUCAUUCAAGAUAUAUUGAUUCCAUUGAAUUUAACAAUUAUUAUUCCUCAAGUAGCCUAUGCUCCUUAUUCAUUUCAACCGAUUCAAAUUCUAUCGGCGUUUGCGACAAACUCUGUACAAUCAUUAUCUCUCUCGUACACAUUAAUCCUUCUCUCUUUAACAUUAUGUACAAUGAAAUAA